AUGAAGACCAGCAUCACUAUACUUCUUGGCGCGGCCUUUGUCGGUGUCAGCACCGCCUGCUCCACACCGGGCAACUUUAUAGUCACUUUUUACGGCUACCCAGACAAUUCUCCUCCUGGCCCCGCUACCGCCCACAAUUGCGGAGGUCGAAAUUACGUUGCCGGGGGCUCCGGCACCUAUGAUGACCCCGUAACAAUCGCAACUGCACCUGGCGAGCUCAACGUCUGCGAGAUUGUUUAUCUGCCGCUUCUAACCAAAUAUGGCCGUUACGAGGACGACUGUGCCCAGUGCACCACCGACUACACCAACGGUAAAUCUCAUAUUGACAUCUGGACCGGCUCAACCAACACCAAUGGUAGCCAGGGCCAGAUUAGUUGCGAAGACAAUCUCACCUUGGGCGGCCGCUACGCUAUCGUGCGCGACCCACCGACAUAUUAUGGCGUCAACACUGCACCUCUCUUUGUGCCCCCUAACACCUGCAACACGCAGAACGUUUACCCCGAUAACCCGGCCCAUUGCUAG